AUGUCGGCCAGCAUGAGUCAUCAUAUAUUAUCGAGAAAUAAUCACUGGUCGAAGCACAGCUACGUGUGUGGGGCCACGAAUGAUCCGCUCAGAGCUUAUACGGUCGGAGGAGUUUUCAAUGACGUCGUGCAACAGACUCCGGACCGAGAGUUCUUGGUCAGUCAACAUGAGAACAAACGAUACACUUUCGCCGCCAUGGAUUCCGAGGUGGAUAAGCUGUGCAGGAGCUUUAAUGCCGUUGACCUCAAACGCGGGGACCGGGUCGGAAUAUGGAUGCCCAAUUGCGUGUUAUACUAUACAGCGAUUAUCGCGGCAGCUCGCCUGGGACUGAUUUUGGUAAACAUCAAUCCUGCAUAUCAGAGUGACGAACUGAAACACACUUUAACACUGGCUGAGGUAAAGUGUUUGUUGACCUUAGAGAAGUUCAAGACCCAAAAUUAUCCCGAAAUAUUGGAGAAAGUCGAUUCGGAUAUUUGGAAGCGACCCUCUAAUACGCCGAUCAAGUCGAAAGUGAUGCCCACGCUGGAAUCCGUUAUUUUUGAUUCAGAAAACCAUAUAAAUGGUGCCUAUAAUUUACAAACUUUCUUUGACCUGGGUUUCAAUUCAAAUUAUAGUAUUCCUAAUGUCCAACCAGACGAAGGUUGUAUUAUUCAGUUUACUUCAGGUACCACUGGAAAACCAAAAGCAGCAUUAUUGAACCACUUUGGUCUAAUGAACAACGCUUACUCUAUCAUGAAGCGUUUGGGGAUCUACGAUAGCAUCAGUAAAGGAAAAUUGCAUAAGUUCUGCAAUCCAAUGCCUUUAUUCCAUGUUGCGGGUUUAUCCAUCGGCGUUCUUGGACCUAUGAUUACCAAAUCAACUGUUGUCUUACCAUCAGCUCAUUUUGAACCGAAAACCGCGGUCGAUGUUCUUACCAAAGAAAAAUGUACAAUUUUAUUUGGAACACCGACAAUAUUCGUUGAUAUUAUGUCCGUUUUUGAAAACCUUUCACCAACUCUACAAGACAACGAUUUGGAGUUAGGAUUUUCCGGUGGUGCUACGUGUUCUCCGGCAUUGAUGACCAAGUUCAAUAACAUGUUUCCACGCGCGAAAAUAUUGUCUUUGUUCGGAAUGACGGAAACCAGUCCCUGUUCUUUUCAAAAUUUUACAGACGAUUCAGAUGAACGAGUAAAGACGACGAUGGGUUUCAUACAAGAUCACGUGGAGGCGAAAGUGGUCGAUACAAAUGGCGAUAUGGUACCGUUCGGGACUCCCGGGGAAUUGUUAAUUCGCGGGUACCUUGUCAUGAACGGUUACUUUAACGAUGAAGAGAAGACAAAGGAAACGAUUGAUUCGAACGGGUGGCUACACACAGGAGACCAAUUUGUUUUGUACGAAGACGGAUAUGGCAAUCACGUUGGCAGAAUAAAAGAAAUGAUUAUCCGCGGUGGUGAAAACUUAUUUCCCAAAGAGAUAGAAUACUUCUUGGAGUCUCAUCCGUCGAUUUCCCAAGUUCAAGUAUACGGUAUACCCGACCAUCGGAUGGGCGAAGAAGUGUGUGCCAGCGUCAUCGUCAAAGAAGGGGCUACGGUCACCGAAGCUGACAUAAAAGCGUACAGCAAAGGAAAGAUCGCCCAUUUCAAGAUACCCAAACACAUAUUCAUCGAAAAGGACGGGUUCCCGAAGACGGCAUCGGGCAAAGUGCAGAAGAACAGAUUAAGAGAAAUGGCGAUCCAACGGAUUUCGAGCCUUACCUAA